AUGCAUUCAGGAGGCUGGAAAGAAAGCGCUCCCGGUUUAGCACCGAGGAAGAUGUUCGUCUUUGCAUCUGUGAAAACAGUAUAUCCACGUGCAAUUCUGUAUGUAUUGCCCGCACUACAUACUGGCGACUCUGGACAGGAGAAGCGUCUGAGGAGGUCGCGUCGUCAGGUGAAACGUGAUCAUGAGAACGACCGGACGCCAAGAGCGAAGGAGUUUGAGAAGGAGUGGGAUGAGAACAUGAGAAAAGCCCAUACUCUGCUAAGACAGCAUAGCGUCAAGAUGAAGUUCGCCUGUUCGGAACACCGCCAACGGAGUCGCUGUCUCACUCCACGAAUCUGA